ACAGGUAGCGUUUUCUCUUGGUAACUGAAGCAAUGGGAGCUGUUCGGGCUGUGCUUGUUUGCGUGCUGAUUGUUUGUCUUGCCAAAGGUUCUUGUUUACCAGUUGGUGGCACAAAUGACAGAAGCGAUGAUGGGCUGCAGAGGAAAGUGAGAGACUUGCUGCAGCAAGAUGUCACAGCAGCCGGACUGAUCAGCGCCGGCCCCAGCGAGAUGCCGGCCACCAGCGCCGGCCCCGGCAGCAGCAGCGAGAUGGCCAGCACAACUGAAACACUACUGCAGCAAGAUGUCACAGCAGCCGGACUGAUCAGCGCCGGCCCCAGCGAGAUGCCGGCCACCAGCGCCGGCCCCGGCAGCAGCAGCGAGAUGGCCAGCACAACUGAAACACUACUGCAGCAAGAUGUCACAGCAGCCGGACUGAUCAGCGCCGGCCCCAGCGAGAUGCCGGCCACCAGCGCCGGCCCCGGCAGCAGCAGCGAGAUGGCCAGCACAACUGAAACACUACUGCAGCAAGAUGUCACAGCAGCCGGACUGAUCAGCGCCGGCCCCAGCGAGAUGCCGGCCACCAGCGCCGGCCCCGGCAGCAGCAGCGAGAUGGCCAGCACAACUGAAACACUACUGCAGCAAGAUGUCACAGCAGCCGGACUGAUCAGCGCCGGCCCCAGCGAGAUGCCGGCCACCAGCGCCGGCCCCGGCAGCAGCAGCAAGAUGGCCAGCACAACUGAAACACUACUGCAGCAAGAUGUCACAGCAGCCGGACUGAUCAGCGCCGGCCCCAGCGAGAUGCCGGCCACCAGCGCCGGCCCCGGCAGCAGCAGCGAGAUGGCCAGCACAACUGAAACACUACUGCAGCAAGAUGUCACAGCAGCCGGACUGAUCAGCGCCGGCCCCAGCGAGAUGCCGGCCACCAGCGCGGCCCCCAGCAGCAGUGAGACCCAAUCGAAGUGACACUUGCAUUUUUAGGAGCCAUGCAAGAGACUCGUGCAUCUAAAUUGUUUCUGCAUCUACCUGUACUUGUCUCUGCUCUUAAUAAAACAUUGACUUGA